UCCCGGCAGCGGGCGCGGCUGUUUACAGGUCCCACAAGUUGCGUUGGUCUGCGAAAAAAAGUGCCAGUUUGGAAGAGCUGCCCCUGUUGCCACUUCUGCUCAGCUUUCUUUCCCUCUGUGUGAAACCCCAGGGUGCUGGAGGCGUCAGAGAUCAGCAAAGAUGUGGCCACAGUGGGGACUGGACCUGAACCGAGUCCGCUGUGACCUGCACUUCACAGAAGCCAUCAACCAAAGGAUGCAGGUCCCCAACAGGCUGAAGGUGGCAGAGAGCUGCAGCUCUGUGGAAAAGGAGCGAGUGAGAGAGGAUGUUCCUCCUUCCUUUCGGAUGCACAUCCCUGAUAGGAUUUCUCUUGCAGAAAUAUCAGAUGCCAGUUUGAGGCCAGACCCUCUGAACCAGCAAAGGAAGGUCCCCUCUGUUGUGGUGCACAUGUCCCCGGACCCCUCAGCGCCGCCCACCCCCCUGGGGGAGCUCCCCUUCCUGCACACACCCGGCAGGUCGAGCGCCCAGAGACGCAGACGAGCGGGCCACCACAGCAGCAGGUUCCGGCGGGACAGGAUCUCAAGUGACUGUGCCCAGCUGGCCUUGCACAGCCCGGGACAGCAGCAUGAGUGGCUGGACUCGGGCCCCCUGCCCGCUCGCAGUGCCCCUCUGCCCCUCCUGGCAGGGGCAGGCAGGAUCUACUCCAUGCACAACAUCGUCCAGACCAUGUACCUCCUGGGCCAGGUGCUCUUCCACCGUGUCCAGGACUUCCUGCAAGGCCCAUCCAGCUCCCAGGAGCCUGGUUCAGCCGCGGAGAGCGCCUUGGAGGAGGCCGGGGUGACUGAGGUGGCAGCCAUGAGAAAGCAGCUGGCCAGGAUCUCGGGGAGGCUCCGUGUGCUGGAGGAGCAGUGCCACGCCUGGCAGCAGAAGGAGGCCCUGGUCUACUCUGUGAUGAUCUCUGCCUGCCUCAUCAACACGUGGCUCUGGCUGAGAAGAUGACUGACCAUGCCUGAGCUCCCUGCUCGCCCUGGCAGGGUGGGUGAGGGCAGGGAGGGGAUCCUUUCUCGUGUACUUGCCAGCAGUAAAACUACGUGUUUGUUCUUAACUUGACCUGCUUUUUGCACUGUGGGCCCUUGAGGAUCCGUGUCCUUCAGGCCCCGAUGACAGUGAAGGUGCCAUCCCUCUGUAGAACCAGAGGUGGGUGAGGGAGAUGGAGCUGGAGGAGCCAGGAGCUCCCAUCCCUGCAGCUGCUGCUGUGGCACCACCCCUGUCAGCUCCCAUCUUGCUGGAGGCAGUUCAGCAGUGGGUCUGCAGAUGCUCAGAUCCAGGGUGACUGUGAGAGUGUUGCUGACAUCUGGGCUCAUCCAGGAGCUUGGCUCUUUCCCAAAGAGAUUUACAUGGGAAAAUCCCCAUGGUGACCCUGUGGAUUAUAAGACCUCCUACCAAACAGUGACAGCACCAGACAGGUCAUGGAAAAUCACCCAUGAGCAGCAGUAGGUAUUUUUUGGGUUUCCAGUGCUGGGUUUCCUCUCCUGGGUCUGCUGCCAAGCUGUAACUUCAGCAGUGUUACAAGAACACAGGUGAAGGAAAUUCCUGACCCACAUGCUCCUUAGCCAUGAACAAGCCCAGUUCAACAGCUUUGCUGUUUCUUUCCUUCUGUGGAGUUCAGUAACACUUGGAUCUGAGGUGACUUUGAGACAAUUCUGGUCGCUCAUCCAGCGCAUCUGCUGGAGUUGUGCCUGCAGGCUCUGGGGACAGCUUUUAGCAAGGCUUAACAGGACCUGUCUGUGCCACCUAUAAGUAAUUAUAGCUGGAUCUACAGGUCAUCCAGAUGUCCCAAUAGCUUAUUUACAGACGUGGAUGCUUGGCUGUUUUCUGCUUGAAACUGCAUCAGGCAUCUGUGACUGUAAAUCUGGCAGCUGGACACUGACUAAUAAAUAACUGUCCCACAGGUAAUUGCAGGUCUGAACCUGUGGCUGAUUGCUGAGCUGAGGAGAGUGCUGGGAUUUAUUGCAGAGGAGAGGCAGGAUGGUGUGGUGGGCUUGGCUUGUGCCGUGCUGUGGCAGGGGGUGGGGAAGGGACAGGAGCACUGGUGGUUCAGGGAUGUGGUCAGGGUCACCACAGGACCUUACACAACAGGUGUAUUAUAUAAGGGGGCUACUUCUGUGUGAAUCAUGCCAGGAAAUAAGGUAAGUUUUUGGUCUGGUUUCUCUUCUUUGAGAGAUGCAAACAUGUUUUGGAGGAAGCUUGAGUUUGGGGGUUUUUUUUAAGCUGUAUUUUAGGGUGAGAAGGACUGAUCCUUUGUGAAGGCUCACCUUCAAAGUGUGGCUUGAAGAUGUUUGGAGGAUAGGUGGUCAAACUAUACAGGCUAUUUAUUGUCAGGUUGUGGAGAAAUACGACAUGACUUUUAUGUAAGGCAUAAAUUCUGCUGUAAAUCUGGAAACACUGACCACAAAAUGCGUAUUUUAAUAAACUCUGUGUGUUCUGGAUAUGUUUUUUUU